AAUUGAGUUUCUCUUCCCUCAACUUUUUCCGUAAUCAUUCGCCCCUGUAUUUCUCUCUCCUUCCUGCAGCAAAGUUCACGCCAGUUCCCUAUCUCCCCUGAAACCUAUUCCCCUUCCCGCAGCAACGACAAACUCAACCAUAAUCCGUCGGCGACUAAACUCAUUCCUUCCCAUCACCCCACAGUAACCAAGCUUCCGAUCCGAUUGCAUUUGUAGGCAGAGGGAGAGCACCUUCACCAGUCAAGGAUGGCAACCCAGACCGCCAGACUUACCAUUUUUGGCCCUUUGUUUCGUGAGUUUAGUUUUCACGCACAUCGUCACCACCGGCCGCACAGCUUUUGAUUCACAGCAAAAAUUGGUUUCGUUGGAUGACUUCUUUAGAACGAUCGGAGCCUUAUAUUUGAGGUGCAAUCUUUCAGAGUUGAAACGACUAAACUGGAUUUCAGGGUCUUUAUCACAGAGUUCUAGAUUUUGGGAUAUUACUGUCGUCGCUGAAUCUAAUGCCGGUAAAGCAAUGUUAAAAGUUGACGAGGAAGAAGUCGGUGCCUGCGCAGCUAGGAUUUUCAGGGUGGCAAUUGGAGCGAUAAGAGAGAAUGGAGGAGAAUUGAAUGUGGCAGCAAUGAACCAGGGCGAAGAGAUGGAGUUGCAGCUGCAGCUGCAAUCGCCAGGCGAGGUGGUGAAGUCGGAGCCGGGGGAUUGCUAG